AUGGGCAACAAUUUUGCUCAUGAGCAACCAAAAAGUUGGGACGAAGAAGAUGUGAAAAAGUGGAUGACAGACGCUGCUCAUUUGCAAAAACUCUUCUACACUUUAUUCAAUGGCUCACAGUUUGAUGAAUAUCAUGAACUAACAGACGAUCAGCAGAUCUCGAAAAUAUGCUGUGCAAUUUAUGGACCGCCUGAAAAAGAAGCAGAUGAUAUCGAAAAUGCUUAUCCAGGAGAGCAAAGAAACGAAGCGAAGAAGAUCUUGGAUAAGAUCAAAGAAGUUUGUAGGGAAAGUCCAGCUGAAAAUCGACCAAAUUUGAGUAUUGGAGUGGUAUUUGUUUGUUGCAAGCAACUUCAAUACGAGUAUACUCUGCCAAUUUUCCGAUUAUUAUACGAAAUCAAAGAUUCUCAACACAUUUCACGUUAUAUUGAUACAACAUGCCGUGUUUAUCAUAAUUGGGAUGAUUGGAAGGAGAAUAAUAACCUUCCACAGUUGAAAUAUUGUUACCCAGAGCGAGGAUUUUAUAGCUGUUCGAAUAGUUGGAAAUUUGAAUUUGAUGCUGAUAAAGAUCCAGAUAUUUCAUAUGGAGCAUCACCGGCUUGUAAAUUUUCAACAAGAGUUUGUCGAACAGCUGACACUGUAUUGACAACUGUUGGGAUUACUUUGGGACUUGCUUCAAUGUUAACGCCAGCUGGAAUGUUUACUGGACCUGCAAUGUUGGGAACUAUUGGUGGAACUGCUUUGUAUGGAUGUGGAAGAGCUGGUAAAUUGGGGAUUUUUGGGUAGUUAACCUAACUUCUUCAAAGUUUUUCAGGUAAAAGACUCCUCGAUAAAGCCGCUCAUAAAGAAAAUAUGAAAGAUUUGGAAAGUGCAGCUUUGAUGGCCUCAAUUAUCGCAGCUCCUCUCUCAUUUGUCUCUUGUUUGACGAAUGCAAGAUUAGCAGCUGGUGCAGCACAGGGAAGAAUGUUUUCACAAGGUACACGAAUUUUGGCGACGUUUGUAUUCUUCACCACUUUCUCACUCGACUCAUUUUUCCUUAUUGUCAAUAUUUCGAACUUGAUUGAGAAAGCUAAAAAUGAUCAAUUAACUAAACUUGAUGUACUUCAAUUUUCGAUCAGUUGUUUGUUUUUUGCAAAUACACUUGUUCAACCAAAAACAGCGAAUGGAGUGAUUGAAAAAGCGCAACAACAAAGAUUUGAUAGUUUUGCGAAUGGUUUGAGUGACGAGCAGGCGAAAGUUGCUUUUGAUAAAUUUUUGAAGAAUAAUGAGCAUGGAAAGAAUAUGCAAACGAAUUCGAAAAUUAUUAAAACUUUGAAUAAAAUCAAACAUCCCGAUGCGUUUUUCAAAAAUAAUGCUGGAAAUGAUAUUAGAAUUGGUGGAAAGAAGGGAAGAACUGUUUUUGUUACAGAUGCACAAAAUAAUAUGAGAAAAGCGAAUCCAAAUGAAAAGUGAGUAGUUGUUUUGGGGGUUUUUCAUUAAAAAAUCAGAAAAAAGUCUAAUUUCAGAAUAAAAUUCACAAUGAAACGUCAAGAAGGUGCUCCGAUUAUUCAAAAAGUUCAACAACUCGAAAAAUGUCUUGGAGUUGACUACAAAGAUCAUAAAUAUUUGAAAAAUAUGACAAAUCAACAAAAAGGAAGAGUUGGAAAGGUAUUUGGAGGUUCUGCAAAAUAUGAUAAAGAUAUUGUUGAUGUUGCAACACGAAUCUCGGAUGAUUUAAAUAUUCAAAAUGCUGACGAAUUUAUGUCGCUUAUUGAGAUUGUUGCGGCUGAAAAACACAGGAAUCCUGAAGAACUGUUCGAUGCGAAAUUUGUCGCAGGAGUUAGCAAUGAUUUGGAGGUGGCGGCGAAUUUGGCGGCGAAAAAUGCAAAAAUCUUUGCCGAUCCCUUUUCGGCUGUUUAUCAUUAUCGAAAACAUGGCGAAGAUUUUCUGAAGAAUUGCAGUCUUGAUUUUUAUUUGGGACCUGUUCCGGAGAAAAUUGUGCUGUCUGGAAAAUUGACGGAUAUUUGUAAUAUUGAAACUGUUCAUUCAGUAAGUUUCUGAUUUUUUUUUUGAGAAAUCUGAAAAUUCUCUUUUUAGGAUGGAUUAAUUUCAAAAAUCACUCGAAAAACCUAUUAUCUUCCCAACGAUGAAAUGUGUGUAAUUAUGGAAAAUCCAGACAAGCCAAUAAUUUCCACAUGUUUCAAGAAUACUGGAGGGUGGAAGAAGCAUUUUCAAAAGUUUCCAAUCACUGAUACCACCACUCCAGAUCUUCAAACUUCUUAUGCUGAUUUUGCGAGACGAAUUGGUCUUCAAACAAUCGCUGUUAAUAUAGUUACUCCAACUGAAAAAUAUAAGGCAGAAGAUUACGGUGAAGAUGCGGAAUAUUAUCAAAAUAUGAUUUCACUUUUGUUGAAGGAUCUUGCUAGAGAUGGAGAUGAAUCUGAUUUUGAUUCUAAGAAUUGA